CCGUGUUUCACUCAAUGGAGAAGCCUGUGUCUGCUGAUAGUAAUGCUGAUAUCCUGAGUCAAGCUGCCGGCUAUUAGGGUAGAGGCUGAGCCCAUCCAGCAGUGAGAUCCCCGGGCCGUAGAUGAUCGUACAGAAUGCCUCCUCUGAAAGACGCCCAGUUAGGAGCUUUCACAUUCUUUGCCUCCGCUUUGCCACAUGAUGUCUGUGGAAGCAAUGGCCUUCCCCUCACGCCUAACUCUAUCAAAAUUCUAGGACGGUUUCAAAUCCUGAAGACCAUCAUCCAUCCUAGGCUAUGCCAGUAUGUGGAUAUCUCCCGUGGUAAACAUGAGAGGUUGGUGGUGGUAGCGGAACACUACGAAAAAAGUCUGGAGGAUUUGUUACGGGACAGGAAGCCUGUGAGCCCAUCAAAGACUCUGCACCUUGCCUUUGAAGUCUUGCAGGGUUUAGAAUACAUGAACCGUCACCGAAUGGUCCACAGGGCUCUUGCCCCUCACAAUAUCCUUUCGGAUGGAGAGGGUCAUGUCAAAUUGGCUAAAUUUGGCCUUUAUCAUAUAACCGAUCAUGGAGCAGAUGUUGAUUUUCCAAUUGGAUACCCUUCUUACCUGGCGCCAGAGGUGAUUGCUAAAGGAAUUUUGAAGCCAGCAGACCCAACUCAGCAUGACAGACCUCUUCCAUCAGGUCCCAAGUCAGAUGUUUGGUCCUUGGGUAUCAUAUUAUUUGAGCUGUGUGUGGGAAGAAAGUUAUUCCAGAGUCUGGACAUAUCUGAGAAGUUAAAACUAAUACUUACAUUAGGCUGCGUGGAUGACAUUGUGAUGGUGCUUGGUGAAGAGCAUGGAUGUGUGGACAUUAUAAAGGCUCUCCCUGAAGCUGUCUUAACCUUAUUGAGAAAAUGCCUUACAUUCAAUCCAUCAAAAAGGCCCACAGCUGCUGACUUGCUCCGAGACAGUGUGUUCAGUGAAGUGUCUCCCAUGUAUGUGCCCUACCGCAAGCCUGCCAGUCUUUUCUCAUCUACUCUGAGGUGUGCUGAUCUAAUCCUGCCUGAAGACAUCAGUCUCUUGUGUAAAGAUGUGGACAGUGAAUUUCUUGCGGAACGGUCAAUUGAGGAAGUGUACCAUCUGUGGUGUCUGGCAGGAGGGGACCUAGAAAGAGAGCUCAUCAGUAAAGGAAUUAUUCGAUCAAAACCGCCCAUCUGCACUUUACCCAACCUUCUUUUAGAAGAUGGUGAAAGCUUUGGCCAAGGAAGAGACAGAAGCUCCCUCUUGGAUGACACCACUGUUACUUUGUCACUCUGUCAGCUACGAAAUAGAUUAAAAGAUGUUCCAGGAGAAGCCUUUUAUCCAUUAUUGGGAGAUGACCAGCCCAGCGUCCCUCAUUCAGGCAGUAACAGUGAACUGUCUACCUCAACGCUGCCUUUGAUCAUUCGCGAGAGAGACACAGAAUACCAACUAAACAGGAUUGUUUUGUUCGAUAGGCUGCUAAAAGCUUAUCCAUACAAAAAAAAUCUCAUUUGGAAAGAAGCUCGAGUAGACAUCCCGCCGCUUUUGAGGGGUCUGACUUGGGCGGCACUCCUAGGUGUGGAGGGCGCCAUUCAGGAAAAAUAUGAUGCUACUGAUAAGGACACUCCGAUACCUACUGACCGUCAGAUUGAAGUUGAUAUCCCACGGUGCCAUCAGUAUGACGAACUACUCUCAUCGCCAGAGGGACACGCAAAGUUCCGAAGGGUGUUGAAGGCCUGGGUGGUUUCACACCCUGACCUAGUAUACUGGCAAGGUUUGGAUUCCUUAUGUGCGCCUUUCCUCUAUCUGAAUUUUAACAAUGAAGCCCUAGCGUAUGCGUGCAUGUCCGCGUUUAUACCCAAAUACCUGUAUAAUUUCUUCUUGAAAGACAAUUCCCACGUCAUUCAAGAGUAUCUGACCGUCUUCUCCCAGAUGAUUGCAUUUCAUGACCCAGAACUGAGCAACCAUCUCAACGAGAUUGGCUUUAUUCCAGACCUCUACGCAAUUCCAUGGUUUCUUACUAUGUUCACACAUGUUUUUCCUUUGCACAAGAUAUUUCACCUGUGGGACACGUUGUUGCUUGGGAAUGCGUCGUUCCCAUUUUGCAUUGGCGUGGCUAUUUUGCAACAGUUAAGAGUUCGACUUCUUGCGAAUGGAUUUAAUGAAUGUAUUCUCCUCUUUUCUGAUUUGCCUGAGGUUGAUAUUGAACGCUGUGUCCGAGAGUCGAUUAACCUCUUCUGCUGGACACCAAAGAGCGCUACAUACAGGCAGCAUGCGCAGACACCGAAGCCGACAAGCGGCGACUCCAACGGCAUGGGCAGAUCACCAACCAGCUUUACUGCUGAUUAUCAGGACCUAGCCAAGGCAGACUUGGGUCGAGAGCCCAUCAAGUUGAGCGAGCUGAAGGCCGAAGUCUCUCCUCGAAUUUCUGCCGAGGAUCUGAUUGACCUGUGUGAACUGACGGUGUCCAGUCAUCCCAAGGCAUCUAAAAAGGGCAAGUCUGGCAAGCCAAAACUCCUUGUGGUGGACAUACGAAAUAGCGAAGACUUUAAUCGUGGUCACAUACCUGGCAGCAUGAAUAUGCCAUUUGGAUCUGCAUUCACAGCAGAGGGUGAGCUUGUGCCGUGUCCUUCCAGUGCCACACUCCAAAGCUUCAAAGGCAAAGUCAUUGUGACUGUGGGGAAUGUUGCCACAAACGCGGCUGAGUUUGCAGCUCACCUGGUUAAACUGGGAUAUCCGAGAGUUUGCAUCCUGGACGGGGGAAUUAACAAGAUGAAGCCUACUGGUCUGCUGACUGUUCCCUCACCCCAGAUAUGACUUUUGAACAUGGUUGAAAAUGUGUGAAGAAGAGAAGCCUAUCUGACUUUCCCAUGCGUCCAUUGUAAUGAAUUUGGCG